UCCUCACUUCUCAUUUUCUCCAGUCAGAGAACAGAACAACAAGCCUCCUCUACAAUCAUGUCUGUUUCAUACGCUCGCAGUCAAAUGUCCUCUGGCGGAUCCCAGGGAGGAUACCACUUGCCCAGAGUUUGUGGUGGAGGCAGUCGUGAGUCUAUUAAGUAUGCAGGAAGCAUGCACGGGGGAGCUGGAGGAUAUGGGACACGUAUCUCAAGCUCCUCUGCUUCUCAUUCCUACUCUGCUGGAGGCGGUGGCGGUGGCGGCUACGGAAGUGGUUCUGGUUUUGGGGGUGGUGCUAGUUUCGGUGGCGGUGCUGGCUUCAACCAGUCUGAUGCUUUCGAUGUGUCCGCAAAUGAGAAAGCCACCAUGCAAAACCUCAAUGACCGUCUGGCCUCCUACCUGGAGAAGGUGCGCUCCCUGGAGAAGGCCAAUGCUGAUCUUGAUCUAAAUAUCCGGCAGUUCAUGGAGAGCAAGACAUCCCCCUCUGCUCGUGACUACAGUGCCUAUUAUGCUACGAUCAGUGACCUCCAGAACAAAAUCCAGGAUGCCACUUGUGUUAAUGGAGGCAUCUAUCUCAGCAUUGACAACACCAAACUGGCCACAGAUGACUUCAGGGUCAAAUAUGAGAAUGAGCUGAGCAUGAGGCAGUCUGUAGAGGCAGACAUUGCUGGCCUGAGGAGGGUGCUGGAUGAGCUGACAAUGGCCAGAUCUGAUCUGGAAAUGCAGAUUGAGGGUCUAAAAGAAGAGCUGAUCUUCCUCAAGAAGAACCACGAGGAGGAACUCUUGGCAGCUCGCUCCCAGAUGAGCGGACAAGUCAAUGUAGAGGUAGAUGCAGCACCACAGGAAGACCUGACAAAGAUCAUGGCUGAAAUCCGUGAACAAUACGAGGCUGUUGCUGCCAAGAACCGCAGAGAUCUUGAGGCCUGGUUCACCAAUAAGACCGAAAACCUCCACAAAGAAGUCACUGUGAGCACAGAAAUCCUUCAGUCAACCAAAACAGAGAUCACAGAGCUCAAACGCACACUCCAGGGUCUUGAAAUUGAACUACAAUCACAGCUCAGCAUGAAAGCGUCACUGGAAGGCACUUUGGCAGACACACAGGCCCGCUACUCCUCCAUGUUAAACAGUUACCAAAUCAAAGUGACCAACAUGGAGCAGCAGCUGGGACAGCUUCGUGGUGAUCUGGAGCGUCAACGGCAAGAGUAUCAGAUGCUUCUGGACAUCAAGACCAGACUGGAGAUGGAGAUUGCAGAGUACAGAAGACUGAUGGAUGGAGAGGCUUCUGGAAGUAUUCAAACCACACAGUCCUCAUCCUCAUCCUCAUCCUCAACUAAACGCAAAGUGGUCACCAUUGUAGAGGAGGUGAAGGACGGCAAAGUGAUCUCCUCCACCCAGUCUAUGACCCAGUCCAAGUGAGAUUUCAAACAAGAACAACCAGCAUAACAACUCUUGAGAUGAAGCAACACAUCUCAGAGUGAUGAAAAAUUAAUAAACUCUUUUACGUGUA